AUGCGCAACAGUUGGUUUUUUCUUGGAAAUCUGAACCAUGAUGGUGGACUCGUGGAUAUUUUCCCCAUAGAGCCCUCCCAUUUAUCUCAAGGUUUUGGAGGGCACUUAGUGUCACAAUUUGCUUCAUUUAUUGACGGGUCUACAAACUGCCCCAAUAGUCUUCAUAUUCCUGGAACCAUAACACUUGGAGCCAUCAAAUGCGUCUCCAAGUUUGCUGGAACUUUUUUCCUUUGGUUAUCGACUGGAUUUAACCACAAUUCACAUCAAAGAUUGUCAGGCAAUUCACACGGUUCGAGAUCCAGACAAUCUCACUCACCAGUUAAGCAUGUUACAUCCUGUGAACGAGAUCUUUUAGGAUUGCAGUUUGGCUCUAUAUCACAGUCUUCAAAUGGAGGGCCAGUGUUUUUUGCUAGUGUUGCAACUACUACUAUAAGACGCUUGUGGAAGGAUAUUGAGCAACUACGAUUCCAUCCCAUGCUAUCAGCAGCAGUUGCCCUGGUGCCGCCAUUUGAUCACAUGUAUGUCUUCUCACUCUCAGCAGAUUUUUAUGUGCAUACUGAAAACUAUCAUGACUAGGAUUCUCUGUGGGCCAAUUAUAUGAACUUUGAGAUCCUGCAUGGGAAUGUAGUAUGAUGUCACAUACUCAUCAUCUGCUAUGGCACCUUUUCCAACUCUGUGGUGUGGAUAAGGGAAUUGGUGAAAAUUUAGAAGAAUAUUUUUUAGACAAAAUGCAUGUUGACCUGUGGAAUUUGUUUAUCAAUCCUCAUUAAUUUCUUCUGGCUUGGUUUCUGUUGUUGACGCCCAUUAGGUCAUCUAAGAUACUUGCUCUUCCACCUGAGAUUCCAGCUGAACAAUAUCAUGGAAGAACGGAUCAAGCACCCUGUGGAAACAAUUUUCAAGGAUGUGGUAGUCUUUUCUUGCCUAACACAAACUUGAUGAAGGAUGCAAUUGAGUCAAGGACUGGUAUCAAAUUUCCUACAAUUUUGGACAACCACGUAUUUGGGCAAGAUGCCAUGGAGGUGUUUCCAAGUUCCUCAUGAACGACAUUUUCCUGUAUUUAUCUUCUUUCAUGAUAUUUUCUAGUUAAUACCAGGAUGAAAUGGCAGCCAUAUAUUUGUUGUGGGCUAGAGUAGUACAUUUUAGGCACAUAGCUGCAGAUACGCAGUCAGAACCCCAGUAUGAUUGCUUGUUAUAUGAUGCUAUGCUUCCGGAUGUUUACUUUGCUCUUUGUUGAUUGUAGAAAAUGUCAAUAAUAGGAUCUUUAUUAUGAUUUCAGGUUCUUGUUGGGACUGGCUAUCGAACCAUGCGGGUGAUAAAAAUAAAAACCUUGAACGUAUAUGCAUUUGGUCUAUGUCAGUAGUCUCUAUCCUUCCCUUCACUUCACUCCUUCUCAGUGCAUUUUUAUGAACUCUUGAAAUCAUCCAUCUACCUGGGAUAAUAUCUCAAGUGGCGUUAUUUAUUUUCAAGGUCAAUGUUUCUAAUAUGCCGACAAAAGAAUUCCCAAAAAUUGCUUGUGACUAUAUUGUCAUCGUUAUUUGUGUAACUGGAUCUUAUCCUUUUCCCUGUUUCAGAUGUUCACCCUUAUUCUGUUUGUGAGAGACUUGGCCCCAAGUAUGCAUCAAUUCCAGUCAGUGAGCUGAAGAACAAUUUGGACUUUUACAAUGAUCUCCUAAGGUACAUUGCACUUUACUUGAAUAUAUUUGCCAUAUCACUGUAUCUUUUUUUUUUUCUGUUCAAUUUUUUUCUGGUUUAUGGCUCAUAAUCACUAUUGCAUUUUAAAUUUUUAAGGAGAGCUAGAUUUUCAUGGUUUUGGUACGAUAAAUUGUGAAGCAUAAAUUGUCCCUUUUAGGACCUAAUUACAUUUUUGCCGUUGCUUCAAACUUUCCUUGGUUUUUUAGCCUCUAACAUGGUCAAGUAUAAUGCAGGGAGGAUAUUCGUAUGACUGUUCGGCUCGUGGUUAAUUGCAAUGGGCUUAAGAUUAAUACAGUGAGGCAGUAAGCAUCAUGAUAUUAUUUUGAUUAAGAUUGCUUUAUAAACCAUCUUUUUCUUACUGGCAUCUCGAUUGAUCAAAGAACGAAGUUUCCUGUGCAAUAUUGGAUAUCAUUGCUAUAUAUUUAAAAUAUCAUGUGUUGUCUGUGUUGUUCAUGAAAAUAAUUUUCGAAGCAUAGUCACAUCACGUUAUCAUAUUGGUUUGAGACUGAGUUAUAAAUUACUCAGAUUUCUUCCCUUUGUCGUAUGACCUCCCUGAUUUCACAAAAUCAUGUUUUUCCGGAGAAUUACGGCUUGUAUUUCUAUUAGAUUAUCAUUUACUUGCGUUAUUGGUAAAAUUCCGUCUACAAUUGGAGGAAUAUACUCUACAAUUCAUUCAUUCAUUCAUUCAUUCAUUUAUUUACUUUGAGGAGCUUUAUGUUAGUCUAAUUAUCACGAGGAUAGGCCCGAUUGCAAAGCUUUGCUUGAGUGUAACAUGAGCUUUGUCUAACUAUCUACUUCAUUUCAUUACAGAGCUUUUGAAAAAUCCCUCCGAGCGCGAUUGGAGAAGGUAUUAUUCACUGCAGUCAAGUAUAUCGACUAUCAACACUUUUGAGGGAUCCUCUGGACCGCAUUCCCACUGACAUACAUCCCUUUCUUCUCUUUUCCUCAACUAAGAUGAAUCCUAGUACGGACUACCACUGCUUGAGUGUCUUCGGCUCCUACUUCAAGAGAGACAUCCCAUUACCCGUGGUAAACAUCAGCACACAAGUUCCCCGCUCGCUCUGCAGCAUUUGCUACCAUAUACAAUAUUUAUUUAGCUUUGGAUCUGUAUUAAUUCAGGGUACGACGAUUGACUUCAGACGCACAGCAGACGGACUUUUUGUGACAGAAAGUAAGCUCCGAUUCAAUGAAUCUGCAUGCUUUCAUGGCUCACAACUUGAAAUAAUCUUUUGACCGAAAUUUUUGUGUGCAGUCAGCGGUAAAACAAUCGGUGCUGUACACAGCAGAGAUCUGUGCAGUGAGUUCAGCUUCUCAAUCUCUACUGGUUCUCUUCCUUCCCCACUUUACUUUAAACAGACUGAAAGUAUGGGCUCUUUCUCUUCUUUACUAUUAUCAACAGUACACUCAUGGGAUAAUAAUCCCCACUCCUCCCCCGGAGGAUUUGAUCUCUUCCUAUGCUGAGUGAGUUUUCCGUCGUCCCGAUUAUCUCGCAGAGAAAUUGACUCUUACAAUCUCCUAAGUGGCUUAUAUAAAAUAUACUGAUCGAUGAACUUCAUCUGGGACCAAUUAAUGGAACAUAAGCUAAUUAUACCUCACCAAGGUCUGAUUAGAUCGAACUCUGCCUUGCACCUUCUUGACUGCGAUAUCUACCAUCUUGGCUCUCUCCAUUCCUGAUUUCUUUUUAAGAUCAAUUAAUUUGUGCUUCACUUGAGCCUGAUUAGAUCGAAGCCCGUCUUCUGCCUGCCUUCUCGACAACUCGUUUGUAUUCCAGGCAUUUUCACUGAUCAUGGGGAGAGUUUUGGAUCCACAGGGGCCUUCUUCGACAUGUACGUUGGGGACCUCCCUGUCUCAGCGCAGGCCAAGGAGGAGCUCGCUGAGAACGUGGCUGGCCUCAUCCGGAGAUGCUGA